CGCCGCAGCCGCCGCCUCGCCGCAGCCAGGCCCGAGAGCGCCGCGGCGGGCGCGCGGCCUGUGAGGGCUGCCGGAGCGGCGGGCGCGGCGCGGCGCCGAGCGUGCUGUCAGCGGCCGAGGGCGCCGCGGACCCGCGCCGCGAUGAUGCCGAUGAUAUUAACUGUUUUCUUGAGCAACAAUGAGCAGAUUUUAACAGAAGUUCCUAUAACACCAGAAACAACCUGUCGAGAUGUUGUAGAAUUUUGCAAGGAACCUGGAGAAGGCAGCUGCCAUUUAGCUGAAGUGUGGAGGGGAAAUGAGCGUCCUAUACCCUUUGAUCAUAUGAUGUAUGAACAUCUGCAGAAGUGGGGGCCACGUAGGGAAGAAGUGAAAUUUUUCCUUCGACAUGAGGACUCGCCAGCAGAGAGCAGUGAGCAAGGUGGCCGUCAGACCCAAGAGCAACGAACUCAGAGAAAUGUAAUGAAUGUACCUGGAGAAAAACGCACUGAAAAUGGAGUUGGGAAUCCACGUGUUGAACUCACCCUCUCAGAGCUCCAAGACAUGGCAGCUAGGCAACAACAGCAAAUUGAAAAUCAGCAGCAGAUGUUGGUUGCCAAGGAACAGCGUUUACAUUUUCUAAAGCAACAGGAGCGCCGUCAGCAGCAGUCUAUUUCUGAAAAUGAAAAACUUCAGAAAUUGAAAGAACGAGUUGAAGCCCAGGAAAACAAGCUGAAGAAAAUCCGAGCCAUGAGGGGACAAGUGGACUACAGUAAAAUCAUGAAUGGCAAUCUGUCUGCCGAAAUAGAAAGGUUCAGUGCCAUGUUCCAGGAAAAGAAGCAGGAAGUACAGACUGCAAUUUUAAGAGUUGAUCAGCUCAGUCAGCAGUUGGAAGAUUUAAAGAAAGGAAAAUUGAACGGGUUCCAGUCUUACAAUGGCAAGUUGACAGGACCAGCAGCAGUGGAGCUAAAAAGACUGUACCAAGAGCUACAGAUUCGUAAUCAGCUUAACCAGGAACAGAAUUCAAAACUCCAGCAGCAGAAGGAACUCCUAAACAAGCGCAACAUGGAAGUGGCCAUGAUGGACAAGCGGAUCAGUGAACUGCGUGAACGUCUUUAUGGGAAAAAAAUUCAGCUAAACCGCGUGAAUGGUACAUCGUCACCACAGUCACCCCUGAGCACGUCUGGCAGGGUCGCUGCUGUGGGGCCUUACAUCCAGGUUCCUAGUGCCGGAAGCUAUUCUGUCCCGGGGGACCCCAUAAAGCCCCAGUCUCUCACUAUUGCUUCAACUGCUGCUCAUGGAAGAUCCAAAUCCAAUGGCCACAGUAAACCCAGAGUGACCAGCUCGUGGGCAGUGUCAGACCUCGACGUUGGGCCUGACUGCAGCUCCUUGCAGCGCUCGGCAAGCCCGUUCGUAAACCCUAAUGAUGGAAACUGGCCAACGUUAAAACAGAAUUCUAGCUCUUCCGUGAAACCAACACAGAUGGCCAGUGCGGAGUGGAAGGACCCGGGUAUGGAGGGGACUCUCAGGCAGGGCACCAUCUCAAGCCAGCCUUUGCCCUUCUCAGCGUUAGGAGCCACGGAGAAGCCGGGCAUCGAGAUUGGUAAAGUGCCACCUCCAAUCACUGGUGGGGGCAAGCAGCUGCCCCCAAGCUAUGGGACAUACCCAAGUGCUACGCCUCUGGGUCCAGGGUCGACAAGCUCCCUAGAGAGGAAGAAAGAAAGCAGCUUGCCCAGACCUGGUGCAGGCUUGCCAAGUCGCCAGAAGCCCACCCCACUGCCCCCGGCAGGCAGCGCCUCCCAGCCAGGCUCCUCACAGCAGAUUCAGCAGAGGAUUUCUGUGCCGCCAAGUCCCACGUACCCAGCGGGACCACCUGCAUUUCCAGCUGGAGACAGCAAACCUGAACUCCCACUGACAGUGGCCAUUAGGCCCUUUCUGGCUGAUAAAGGGUCAAGGCCACAGUCUCCCAGGAAAGGCCCCCAGACAGUGAAUUCAAGCUCCAUAUACUCCGUGUACCUCCAGCAGGCCACACCACCUAAGAAUUACCAGCCGGCGGCGCACAGCACCUUAAAUAAGUCAGUUAAAGCAGUAUACGGUAAACCCGUUUUACCGUCGGGUUCGACAUCUCCAUCACCGUUACCGUUUCUUCACGGGUCGCUGUCCACAGGCGUGUCACAGCCUCAGCCAUCUUCAGAGUGUCCCGAGAAAGAGCCAGAGCAGGACGGCCCCGCCCCGCCCGCAGAUGGCAGCACCGUGGAGAGCCUGCCCCGGCCGCUCAGCCCCACCAAGCUCACGCCCAUCGUGCACUCCCCGCUGCGCUACCAGAGCGAUGCCGACCUGGAGGCCCUCCGCAGGAAGCUGGCCAAUGCGCCCCGGCCCCUGAAGAAGCGCAGCUCCAUCACAGAGCCCGAGGGCCCCGGCGGGCCCAACAUCCAGAAGCUGCUGUACCAGCGUUUCAACACCCUGGCUGGUGGCAUGGAGGGCACCCCUUUCUACCAGCCCAGUCCCUCCCAGGACUUCAUGGGCACCUUGGCCGAUGUGGACAAUGGAAAUACCAAUGCUAAUGGCAACCUGGAAGAGCCCACCCCUGCCCAGUCCACAGCCCCACUCCCUGACGAGCCUGCCCCUUCGUCAGAUGCCAACGACAACGAGUUACCUUCCCCUGAGCCAGAGAAGCUCAUCUGUCCCCAAACCACCCACCAAACUGCUGAGCCUGCGGAGGACAAUAACAACAACGUAGCCACAGUCCCUUCCACAGAACAGGUCCCAAGUCCCGUGGCUGAGGCACCAUCCCCAGGGGAAGAGCAAGUUCCUCCACCAUCUCUUCCCCUUGUCCACCCUCCUGCAGCCUCCACGCAGAGCAAACGGACCAACCUGAAGAAGCCCAACUCUGAGCGGACAGGGCACGGUCUGAGAGUCCGAUUUAACCCCCUGGCGCUGCUCCUAGAUGCUUCUCUGGAGGGAGAGUUUGACCUGGUGCAGAGGGUCAUCUACGAGGUGGAAGAUCCCAGCAAGCCCAACGACGAAGGGAUCACUCCGCUGCACAACGCUGUGUGUGCCGGCCACCAUCACAUCGUGAAGUUCCUGCUGGACUUCGGGGUCAACGUGAAUGCUGCUGACAGUGACGGAUGGACGCCGCUGCACUGUGCCGCUUCCUGUAACAGCGUGCACCUCUGCAAGCAGCUGGUGGAGAGCGGCGCCGCCAUUUUCGCCUCGACCAUCAGCGACAUUGAAACUGCAGCGGACAAGUGCGAAGAGGUGGAGGAGGGCUACAUUCAGUGCUCGCAGUUCCUGUACGGGGUGCAGGAGAAGCUGGGCGUGAUGAACAAAGGUGUGGUGUACGCGCUGUGGGACUACGAGGCCCAGAACAGUGACGAGCUGUCCUUCCACGAAGGGGAUGCCCUCACCAUCCUGAGGCGCAAGGACGAAAGCGAGACCGAGUGGUGGUGGGCUCGCCUUGGGGACCGCGAGGGCUACGUGCCCAAAAACCUGCUGGGGCUGUACCCACGGAUCAAACCCCGACAGCGAACACUCGCCUGAGCGUCCCUCUGAGCACCGCGUGGUCUUGCCAGCGACUAGGAGCCACUGAAGAGAUGAUUGUCUCCCCAGGAAGGCCGAAGCUAGAAGCGGUUUUAAUGGUGCUCACUUUAGCAGACAGCGUCCACAAUGUGAAUCCCUGCGGUUCCGGGGAGGCCCUUUCUCCAGUUUGCCCGUAACUGGGAGAGGUACUUCUGCCUCCAAGAGGACUGAACUUUGCCAAUUACUGUAAACGCAAAUAAAUACCCAGCUUUCAAAACACCCACCCCUGUUGCCAGUAAGCCCUGUAAUUAAUGACCCCCCUGGUUGGUUGCCAGUAAAGACAAAAGCUGUGUGUUGGCCUCAAGGCUGCCACUCACUCAUUUCAGAUGUCACCACAGCAGUGAAAACCUGCAGCUGUUGGGCCUGCCCCAGCGACAGCCCUGCCCUCCUGAAGGUCAGAUGCCACCGUCCUUCCUCAGCCCCCACCAUGAUUCCUCCUCCUGUCACCACCAAAGGAGCCCCUGUAUGGAAACUUCUGUCCAGCGCUGCCUGAUGUGUGUGUCCCUCAGUGACCACCCUGUGUGGCUGCUUUGGGCUGUUCUUCCUGUUCUGGUGUUGGUCUAGGUCACCCAAAGGCAGAUGGUGCAGCCUGGUGCUGCGGCUGGACUUCUGUGCCAGGGGCCCCUAAGACCACGUGACGCAGCCCGGCGCGCCUCGGCACGCACGCCGCCUCCGAGUGCAGUCGGAAGCCAGAACUGGCAGCCGGGCCCCUUCCCCACUGGGACACAGUCACCUUUGCCCAGCUCCAGCCUCAGGGCAAGGAAGGGCGUCACCGAGGUGUGAAGUAUACGUACAGGCUUUUUAUAUACCAAAAGUAUUUUUUGACUAGACCAUUCGAAACUACCAGAACUAUGUUGGAAAUGUUUUUUCUCUUCAUUAAAAUACAGGCCCUUAGGGCUUUAUUUUUCAUGUA